AUGACCUCGGUCAAUUUCUGUGAUGCCUGCCGCGAGACCCUCUGGCUGGAGCUCCUGGCCAAGGUGUCGCUGAUCGACGGGAUCCGGGCCGAGGAGAAUUCCCGCAACGGCACCAUCACCAUCAGCCUGGAUCUCAUGCCUUUCGGGCAUCUGCGCCAGCCGCGGCCGAUCGCCGGCGAGCAGCUCCUGACCACCUGGUACCGGGUGGUGUCGUCCGUGGACCCGGGUGUCCAUCAGCCGCAGUUCGACAACAUGCACGAGUGGACCGCGCCGGCCGGCUGGUCUCGCGGCAUGUGGCGUGCCGAUGUGGAGCUGGUCACGCCGGAGGUCCGUCGCGAUGAUGAUGGCCUCCUGCGCGACUCGAUCUUCAUCCGGAUUGAAUAG